GUUUCCCAUUGGAUUUUACGUCGAAAAACAGCCAAAAUGGAUAUGGAAUCCCUGUACGACUACGGGGACGAGGAACAGGACUUCUACGAGGAGAGUCCUGGCACCAGGAAGGGCUACCCGAUUGAUCACAGAUCCAUCAAGCGCGAUGCUAGAGGCGUGGGCAGCUAUCUGGGAGGCGGCAGCAUUAGCGACGGUGGCGGCGGUAUGUUGACGGUUAUGGCGAAGCUGAUGAAACAGGAGCUCGCCUCCGAUGCCGAGGAAGAGGGCCUGGUGCCUGCCCUCCCCGGCAGGUUCACCUCGAUGCGGAAGGUGCCCUCACUUUCCGACCUGUCCGAUCCAGAGAGCUCCCUAGAUAUCCCGGCGCAAGUGCCGCCGUUAACACCUGGGACCAACAAGAAGAUGACCGAGGCCCUGGAGGCUUCUUUCGCCUCCUGGGAGAAGGAACGAGUCCGCCUCAACAUAACCAAAGACCCGAGGCAAUGGUCGGAAGCAGCUGUCGCACACUGGCUGCACUGGGCGAUCGGUGAGUUCUCCCUGGAGGGUGUGGCGAUGCAGCCCUGGCAGCACAUGACCGGGAAACAGAUUUGUGCCAUGGGGAAGGAAUCCUUUUUGGCACGUGCUCCGGCGUUCAUGGGCGAUAUCCUGUGGGAACACCUCGAGAUCCUGCAGAAAGAUGUCGACGCGGCGCCAGCGAAGGCCUCUCUGGAGAACGUGCCGGGCAACGUGUACGAAAGCGUGUGCGUGCCAGAUUUAGGUGAUUUCUUGGGAUACCAGGCGGGUGGUGAUGGUGGUGCGAAUCAGGUGACCACGCCGGAGCACAAGAGCCCAGGGACGCCCGCAAGUUCCGUCGCCUCGAACUCCUCCGACCGUCGAACCGGGAGUCAACCGACGUCGUCCACGUUGCAACCGCCCUCCACCGCAGUUUCUCUACCCUCGAGACAGUAUCAUAACGAUGGUGGCUACAAUCACUUACGUAGUCCCGUAUGCCAAGACGAAAACCAGAGGGACGAAACCUCCCCGCCACCGCACAGCCAUAGCACCCAAGCCCCGAACUCUCAUUCCAGUACUCCGAACAGCAACAACAACAACAACAAUAACAACAACAACACCGCGAACAACGCGUACAUACACUUACGGAACUUAAAUCAACUGAAAACGGAGACGAACUACAGCAAUCACCAUAUAACGGAGCACCUGCAAGGCGGUGGCGGAGGUCUGACGAGCGGUAACGAUCUCGCGGGUACAGGAACGAAUGAAACCGAUCUCAGGGUCACGCAGACCGCGACGGAGAGUUACAUGACCCCGGCUCAUUAUUCCGGUUACGACGAGGCGUCCGAGUAUCAUAGUCUGCCACAAGAUCAUCAGCCGCCCCAUCCGUACAAUAUCGACGCUUCGCCUGAAUUCUACAGCACCAGCGGAAUUCAACUCGAGCCGAAGUAUCAGCCGUCACCGUUCAAAAACUAUCCCCGUGGCCGCUAUCAUGAGGGAUACAGCGAGAGCGGAUACGGGCAAUACGACGCGACGCCAUUCCAAACGGUUCCAGGCAGCGGAAGCGGUGGUGGAGCUGGCGGCGUUACCGGCGACCAAUGGAGCGUCGGUCCCAUUGGAGAACAUGUGUCCCAUCAUCCCGCGUUUCUCGCGAGUCUUGCUCCCAGGGACUCGUCGAAUCCCCAUCAUCCCGCCUCCAUUGGCAACAAUCCCGAUCAGAAGCCUCUGUUGCAGAGCGCGAUGAUCGCCGGUUAUACAAGCAGCGGACCCUGCUUCACCGGUUCGGGCCCCAUUCAGCUGUGGCAGUUUCUGCUCGAGCUGUUAACGGACAAAUCAUGCCAAGGAUUUAUCUCGUGGACCGGCGACGGUUGGGAGUUUAAGCUGACCGACCCAGACGAGGUGGCACGUCGCUGGGGUAUUCGCAAAAACAAGCCGAAAAUGAACUACGAGAAGCUGAGUCGUGGUCUACGCUAUUACUACGAUAAGAACAUUAUACAUAAGACCGCUGGAAAGCGAUACGUCUACCGCUUUGUCUGUGACUUACAAAGUCUCCUGGGAUACAGUCCAGAGGAGCUCCACGCAAUGGUGGACCUGAAACCAGAAAAGAAGGAAGAAGACUGAGUUUUUGUUACCGAGCGUGUUUAAGGACUGUGUCGUUGAUCGAGGAAUAUAUCGAUUGUAUAUGAUUCCUAGAUAUCGCACUGAAAAACUAAAGACGAAAACUGAACCAUGUAACGAACAAUGUGUAA